CCAAAACGUGCCGCACAGCACUAGGAACAGACCUCUACCUCGAAUUUUCCCGUCAUAAGCCCGUUCAUGGCUGUUCUCCACGGAUAAGUAUAUAGUCUGAACACUGGUCCUGAGACUGCUUUUAUCCCCGCGUUCAUUGUGUUUCAAUCUAGUCCCGGUCGAUCUUGUCCAUAACGGCCUGAGAACCCGACCCACUCUUUCAAAUUCAUCACUUCCCUGCGAGUGUGCCAGCUUGCCGAGUGAUUCAUCGCAUUGGAACCACCAGGUUUGCACUUGAAUUCACUGUGUUACCAAGUCGUUGCAACAGGAUCUACGCCUCUCCAAACGACAAAAUGGCAAGCGAUUCGAUCCCACGUCGCCCUACAUGCUCAUCCUACCGCCGUCGUCGCAUUCUCCUCAUUCCCGUACUUCUAUUCGUUUCUUGCCUGUUCUAUAGCGUACCAUGGUCCCUGCCUCCUCUCGAUCUCUCGGGAUUAUCUUCGUCACUUUCACGUGCCAAUAUCGCUUCGCUAGUCAAGGGCCCACCAGUAGAGGAGAUAUACGGGUUACUCCAUUUUGUGACGAGCGAUGACGAUCGCAUGCUGUCACAUUCAAUAAACCCCGCUGCGCCGAUCGAUCUGACUGUGUAUCUUGGUGGUGACGAACCGGAUUGGAAAUCUCACAUGAGAAGGCUGAAAGAAGAGUAUCCAUUGAUCGUACUCUCGAAGUCAUAUUGCCCAUUUUCAAGGAAGGCCAAGAAACUAUUGGAAUCGUAUAAUUUGUCUCCUCCACCUAAAAUUAUCGAAGUGGAUCUUCGAGAUGAUUGGGACUUCAUAAAGAUCAUCCUUACCCGCCUUACCGAACACUCCACGUUCCCCAAUAUCAUCCUGAAUGGGCAGGGACUCGGCGGAAAUGACGAACUGCAAACGUUGCGUGCACAAGGCAAGCUGAAGAAGAUGUUUGAGAAUGCUGGGAUGACGGUAAGGGAGGAUACUGUGAAAGAACAAGAGACGCAGUAGAGUUGGCGAGGCUCACGUCAUCGUGUGAUGAAAUGGUGCACACUUGGAGUCGAAUUCUGUAUUGUUACAUAUUUAUGUGUACUGCUAUUAUGUUGUCUUGUUCAUCCAAUUUGCGGUAGAUCUAUUUCUGGGUUUUAUGUUUAUGUGACAAUUCAACGGUUAUACAUUUGUGUUCAA